AUGUCGGUCAGAAAACUAUCAUUUUAUGGAUGGCAAACAAUUUUGCAUCCUGAAGAACUUACCCUCUUGUCCCUCCUAAAGUUUCGUCGUACGAAGAGUGACUUUACCUACAACAGUCGUGAAGAACAUUUUGCGAUAUCAAAAUUUCUGGAAGAAAUUAUUAAAUCCGGCACUGACCAGAGAUGGGUUGAUGCAGCUAAUAAUAUUUCAGUAAAAAAGUCGGACUACGUGUCGAUGCAACCACCAAGCGUCCUGAGUACGACUCGGGUUAGUUAUGGAGUACGUCUCCGGUGGGCUUCUAAGUGCAAUAUGAAGUCGGACUACGUGUCGAUGCAACCACCAAACGACCUGAGUACGCCUCGGGUUAGUUAUGGAGCCGAGUUUGUAUUAGACCAUUCUAAGGCUGGGAACGAAGCACACAAAGUUUUAAAUAACCAAAAAUUAAAUUAUAUGGAAAGAUUUAGUUCGAAUGGUUCUGCAGGUAGACUAAAACGAUCUGGUGGGGAAAAACCACCUUCAACUCCGUCUAACAAGAUCAGAAUCAUCGAUGUCGAAUCAUCGCCGCAUCUAUAUAAUCAUUUUUCAGAUAAUGAUAACAUAGCGCCGAUUCAUCUCGAAAACAUCUUUUUUGUGACACAAAUAGAUUCAAGCUUAAAUGGCGAAGUUAGCGAAACACAGCCGCAAGACUCGCCAGGGAAUAAGCAACCUGCAUAUGAUUUGGAUGACAAUAACACCGAUCUAACUAGAAUUAAUAUAAAAUCAACGAAUAGAAAACCUUUUGAUGCAGCCAAAGGAGGAAGAAAAUAUAUUAACCUUGAUCUAGCAGAUGAAGUUUUGAAAACAUUUCAAAUGCACGUUCUUCCGGAUCACAAACUAAUAUAUGGGGAUGUUGACGUUAUGACAUUUGCACGCUCAACUAUGAAAACCACGAAAAAAAGUCAAAUUUCAAAAAGUCCUUUAUCGAUUGGUGUCAUUGAUAUUCACAAUGCCGAAUGUCUCAAAUAUUUGCCUCAAGUGUUCAAGAAAUAUAUAGCAGAUCAAGUGCAAAAUGCUGAUGAUGCAGUACAUUUUUCAGAAGGGAAAUGUAUUAACAAAUUUUUAGUAGAUUGCGAAGAGGAGGUUUUACAGUACCUAGAAAAGUUUUAUUACAUUAAUGACUUGAAGUCAUUAGAGGAGUGUUUAGAUAAAAAUCGAAUCAAUCAUUCCACCUCUUCAAACGAUCUCAUUUAUGUUGAAAAUCUUUUUCUCCAUUUCCUGUUCUUAUACAAAAAUGAAGUACUUACACAGACUCUAACGGAAACUGAAUUUAAUGCAUAUGUCUGGACACCAAUGUUCAGAAAUGCUUUCCUUGGAAAGGCUGAUUUGAGAUUAAAAUGUGGAGAAGUAGCGUCCAGGUCAUAUGAUAAAUUGAAAGAAAUUUUAAAUAUUGCUACUCGUAGUGGUCCCAGAUUAGAUGGAAAAGGUUUCCUCAAGUCAUUAGGUACCGAAAUUUUAGCACAGGAAGACGGAGCAAUGAAUACACAGAGCAAAAGAACAGGAGAUCUUCAAAAGUUAGUGUACUGCUCUAAAAUCAUUCUUACAGCAUUGUUUUUUGCGAUACCUUGUUUUAUUUUCAAUAGAUUUAUUUUCUAG